AUGAGUGUGUCGGCAAGGCUUUCCAGAUCAGAUCCACCAGACGAGAAACUCCAUUCCGCACUGCUGCUGAGUCGUCGGACUUAUCCACCAAGGGAUUCGUGGAAUUUCUAUGGAUUCGCCUCCUUUUCUUUUGGGUAUGCAGGUACUACGAGUCCUCUCACUACCAACCAGCAGACAUCAUCUGGCUGGUCUUGCCCGGGGAGAUCGUAGCAACAAGGAACGCCUAGACGACGUUUUUAUUCCUGGGCUGCAGUAAGCAGAUCGAGAGGUCGUUCCGCCCCCUGUCCCCGAAUAUGGGUAAUAUGUUCUCAAAAAUUCUUGCUCCAAUCUGACCUAGCUGGCGAGCGAUCCCAGUUCGCGGCAGAGAACAAGACAGCAAGCGAGCGUACCUUUGUUCGCUUCUUCUCCACCAAGCACGGAAGUUUAAGGAUAACUGUAGGUCGGUGGCUACCUAAGGAAACUCCGAUUCGAUCCGCCCCCCAGCUGGGAGGCAUCUACCUCAUCCCGAUCACAAGGAGAGGUUCACCAUGA